AUGUCCUCUGUCAAGAAUAUAACUGUCUUCCCAGGUGAUCACAUUGGGACAGAAAUUGUAAGAGAAACUGUUAAAGUUCUCGAUGCCAUUGCAGAAGUUUCUCCAAACGUUAGUUUCAAAUACAAUUACCAAUUGAUUGGUGGUGCCGCUAUUGACGCCACAGGUGAACCUUUAACGGAUGAAGCUUUACAGGUUGCCAAGAACUCCGACGCUAUCUUAUUAGGUGCUGUCGGUGGACCCAAGUGGGGUCAUGGACUCGUUAGACCAGAACAAGGUCUAUUAAAAAUUCGUAAAGAAUUGGGUGUCUAUGCAAAUUUAAGACCUUGUCAAUUUGUUUCAGAGACCUUACUAGAUUUAUCACCAUUAAAGAGAGAAAUUGUACAAGGUACAGACUUCGUCAUCGUUAGAGAAUUGGUUGGUGGUAUCUAUUUUGGUGAAAGACAAGAAGCUGGUGAUGACGGUGUUGCAUGGGAUAAAGAAUCUUAUUCUGUUCCUGAGAUUCAAAGAAUUACAAGAAUGGCUGCAUUCUUGGCAUUACAACAUAAUCCACCUCUACCAGUUUGGUCACUGGAUAAGGCAAACGUUCUUGCCACUUCAAGAUUAUGGAGAAAAACUGUCGAAGAAACUAUUAAGAAUGAAUUCCCAACUUUAACUAUUAAUCAUCACUUAAUCGAUUCUGCCGCAAUGACUUUGGUACAAAAUCCAACUAAAUUAAACGGUGUUGUCAUCACAACUAACAUGUUCGGUGAUAUCAUCUCAGAUGAAGCAUCUGUCAUUCCAGGUUCUCUUGGAUUAUUACCAAGUGCAUCUCUUGCAUCAUUACCUGAUAAGAAUGAUGCUCUUGGUCUAUAUGAACCAUGUCACGGUUCUGCUCCAGAUUUACCAGCCGAUCAUGCAAACCCAAUCGCUACCAUUUUAUCUGCCGCCAUGAUGUGUAAACUGUCAUUGAAUUUAACAAAAGAAGGUAAUGCCAUCGAAGAAGCUGUGAAGAGAACCAUCGAUGCAGGUAUCAAGACAGGUGACCUUGGCGGGAAAAAUACAACCACAGAGGUCGGUAACGCUGUAGCCAAGUUCGUUAAGGAAAUCUUGGCAAACUAG